CAGCCGUGGUCAUGCAUGAUGGACCUGUACGUGCCCGAGUUGAAAACACUGGACUGUUUCUCCAAGCACGAGCAUCGCGCAGAUGAGCUGCGCAAGCGAGUAGCUGAGCAUAAUAUGCGUGUCAUCGCCAAAUCCUACACGCGCGUGCCCGUCACGAGUCUCAUUCGUCUCAUGGACACCACGGCCGAGGAGAUUGAGGCUUAUGUGUCCAAGCUAGUGACCGAGAAGAUGAUCUAUGCGAGGUACGAUCGUCCCGCCGGCAUAGUGAGCUUCCAAAAAAAGAAGGAGGCCAAUGAAGUGCUGGACAAAUGGGUGUCUGACAUCGACAAACUUAUGGGUCUCGUCGAGAAAACCACGCAUUUGAUCGACUUAGAAAACAAUCAAGCCGCCAUCCGAACCUGAAGA